CUGAGGUGGGGGGGGGGCAGUGUUUAGGAGACUCUCUAACGUGCUCUCAGGCCUUGUUGGGCCGUGUUCUUGGAGCGUUUGCCUAGCGUCUCAGGCUGACCGGGUGAAGAACUCGUCCCGCAGAAGCACCUGUGCCCCCAGAGCUGGGGGCAGUGAGGUGCGUCUGGCCGGGGCCCUUUUCAGUCUCUCGAGGAGAGCAGGGGGCUUCUCCUCUGGUCCUUGGUCUCACAGGCUGUGUACAGCAAGGGCAGUCAGCGGCCGUGGGGCACGGCGGACAAGAGGAAGCAGCGCGGAGGAGGCCGAGUGGCUUGGGCCAGGAGCAGGUUCCAGACUCCAGACUCCAGCCUGACUCUUGAUGGGCGGCUGGAGUCCAGGUCCAGGCAGGGAGGCUUUGGAUCCCGCUGAGGAGCUGCCCGGCCUGACAUCUCCAGCCCCUGCAGACAGGUCGCCGUGGGAAGAACCGAGCAUGGUUCUAAGCCCAGUGCUCUGAGGGGCUGUUGGAGUCUGGGGUCCUGUCCCGGAGUCUUCAGAGUGCUGCCCUGGCCCGAGACCUCCAGUUAUUCCAAGACUUCCUGCCUGUCUGAGCGACAGGCCGAGCCCUCGAAAGGAAGGAUGGCAUUGGCAGGAAGCUGGUGGAAACCAGAGCAGCUGGGACUCAAACUAGCAGUCGGAUACAGGAUACAGGCAUCCCAGAUCGAGAAGACAUGCUGGGCAGUAGGUAAAGCUUUCUUCUCCCGGCCUGGAGAGUGACCAUGGGUGUCGGGAAGUCCAAAGCAGGUUCCUGCCCCCUGUCUUUCUCCCGGGGUAAGAGCCACGGCGUGGACACACGUCGGGGACCUCCGGGGUCAAGUUCCAGGAGAUCUGCAGAGGCCGCCCUGGGUGAGGGUGCUGAGCGUGGCGGUGCUAGCGGGAAGCCAGUGCCAGAGCAGGAGGUGCCUGUGGGCCUGGCGGAGGCUCCCGCGGCAGGGGAGGAGGGGGAGGAGGAGGAGGAGGAGGAGGAGUUCCUCAAGUUCGUGAUCCUACAUGCGGAAGAGGACACGGACGAAGCGCUGCGGGUGCAGAGCCUGCUGCAGGACCAGUUCGGCGUCAGCCCCGGGAUGGUCUUCGCGGAGAUGCCGUGCGGCAGACAGCACCUGCAGAACCUCGACGCCGCGGUCAACGGCUCGGCCUGGACCAUCUUGCUGCUGACCGAGAACUUCCUGCGCGACACCUGGUGCAGAUUCCAGUUCUACACGUCCCUGAUGAACUCGGUGAACAGGCUGCACAAAUACAACUCCGUCAUCCCCAUGCGGCCCCUGAACAACCCCCUGCCCCGGGAGAGGACGCCCCUGGCCCUGCAGACCAUCAACGCCCUGGAGGAGGAAGGCCGUGGCUUUCCUACCCAGGUGGAGAGGAUCUUCCAGGACUCCGUGUACAGGACCCAGCAAGCCAUCUGGAGAGAGACGAGAAGCGCAGCGCAGAGACAGCUUGGCGCCUGAGGUGGGACACGCAGCACUCGGCCGGCCCCUGGGGCAGCGGGCUGGGACGCCUUGACGUAGAGGACAGCCCUGUUCUUACGGGAGCGUGGGGGGCCCAGGAAAGGUCCCUUCUGCAGAGCGGCCUGUAGCAGGGCUGUGCUCCUGGAUGCUUCCAAAGCCCCAGGACGCCGGUGUUCCCAGAACGCUCCUCUCCUGCUUUUCCUCAGGCAUGGACGUCCGUGUCCCAGGUGCUGAGCCUCGGACACAAACUUGUGGACAGAUGUUCCGGACAGGAGAGCAAGGAUGCUUAUACUGCAAAGCGGGCUCCCCACGGGCAUGUGGGAGGAAAUGGCCCCAGGGACCUGAGCACGCGCCCUCCUGGGGCCCCUCCCGUGGGUCACACCCUCUGGGUGCUGUCCCCUGGGCGUGUCGAGUGGUGAGAGUUGUGACACGAGCCCAAACACGUGCUUCUCUGCUGGCAUCCAUGGAGGCGACUCCCGCCCGGCUUAGCAGCCCUUAGCGGUGUGGCAGUGAAUCAGGGGCCCCCCGCAGUGCCGCUGGGGUGUCCCCUGGGGCCCGCAGCUGUCGUGUGAGUCACUGUCGGGUGCCAGGGCUUCGUUCUCAGAGCUUCCGGAAGGCGUGUGCCUGGCCACGCGUCUGCCCAGGACAUGUUGCCCAUGCAGGCGUCUGCAGUAACUUGGCCCUUAGGAAUGCAUGCGCACGUGUGUGGGGAGAUUAUCUCGAAAGCCUUGGAGCUGAAGCGGGAGAUGUAUUUUAUGACAUCCUCUUCUGGUCCAGUCUCCCAGCUGGGCAGGGAGGCCCCUGGGAGACCUGUGCUGUCCCCUCACAGCCCUUCUGCCCGUCAGAUGGAGUGAGCGCCGUCAAGUGCAGAGAGGACACGUUGCAUCCUGCUGUGAUGAGCAGAG